AUGGUUCAAUCAGGGACUGUUGCUACGUCUGCUUCUGCUGCUCGUGCGACAGCAAUAAAUGCAAGAAUUGGAGAGCAACAUGCCCGAAUUGGCUCGCACGAUGAUCCUCUACUUGCUGCAGAGGAAGACGGGGAUGAUGUCUUUUCAAAUCCAGAUACGGCGGAAUAUGAAUAUCGUAGUGAUGCAACAGGGGCAACCAGUCCCGCACCCAAUUCUCCCGGUCCUGGCAGUCCAACCAAUCGACUUUCCAAUCAAAUCUCAAUUGUUGCCUCUUCACCGUCCAACGAUCCAUUUGCAACCAUCAAACAAGGUUCUGACUUACAUCUAGGUGGUACAGGCGCGGGCGUCUUACCAUCCAACAAGCCAAUGUCACUGGGAUCAUUACCGCAAACGAGUAUCGCUCAACUUCAACAACAGCUUGAACAUCAGCAAGCUCGAUUGGACACUCCUCGUGCAGCUGUGGCAUCUGCUACUCCAACCAGAAGUUCUCCAAGACCAGCUUUUGGCAGAGCGCUCUCGGCUUCGGGUGCUACAAUGCAAACUAUGGGUUCCUCAAUACAUCCUUCUCAUUCGGCCAGCGGAAGCAGAAUUGGUCCUUCUACACCUCGUUUGGGCGGUCAUUCAAGCUCACACAGUGCAUCACAUCUCACUCUUCCACAUGGUCAACUUCCAUCCGCGCACGGAUUGCCGACCGAUCCCAAAGAGGCUUCUACUUUGUCCAAAUUAUUUGCUCAUCCACCUGCUCAAAGCCCUGCGGAAGAAUUGCAAGGUUUCAUGUUUGCAUCCAGUGGUAUGUCUCCCAAUUCGACAAACACUUCAAACUUUGCUGCUCAUAGGAGAUUGUCACGACCUACCACUCGUCCACCCUCACCAGACCGAUUCGCUUCUCCUAAUCGUAAAAGCGCAAAUCGAGCAAGCGCUGGUGCAAUGGGCUUAGGUUUAUCUCCAAGAGUUUCUUCGGGCGUGGCGGAUGACGCACCUUCUGGUUUUGGCAAUGGAUCGAGCAUCUUUGAGCGUGAUAUCGAACAUCGAGAUGCUACACAUAUCCUUAGCAAACAAGAAGCUAUUGAUGUUGCUAUUCCACCCGUUUUGGAUGAUGCAGUUGAAGCGAUUCAUAGUGAUGUUGCCGAUCAAUUGGAAAUUGUGGCACCGCACGCCGUCUUGCCUCCUCUUGCUCUGAGUGCACAAGCAUUGAACGCACAUAGUCAUAGUCAAUCAAAAUUGAUUCAACAGGAUGAACAACAAUCUCAACCUUCGAAUACACGGCCUCAAUCUAGCACCAAAGGAUUCUCUUCUGCAAGUUCGCCAUAUAUGUCGCCUAGUCCUCCCAUGUCAAAUGUAGGUGCAGUGGAACCACCUCCGGGAUCAAUGGCCGCUCAAAUUGCAGAGCGUUUAGCUGCUGGUCAUAAAGCAACAACGUCAACGCCUGCAACAGCGUCUGGUAAUGAGGAAGGCGCAAGCGCAAUGUCUCGUCAUCGUCGUCCAAAUUCCGAUGUCAGUAUUAGUAGCUCAUCUUCUAUGCGUUCUCGCUCUCCAGCAGCACCUCUGGCCGUUGGAGUUCAACAAGUUUUGGCCGCCAAUCAAGCUUCUCCAAGAUCUGUUAGUGGAGCCGCGCAAUCGAUUGCCAAUACUGCUCGUACGGAAACUCAUUCGAGUGGUCUGGCAAAUAUCGGUACUCCACGUGCAACUUUGCCAACAGCGACUGCUCUACCUGCUUUGCCUUUGCCAAAUCCUUAUCGUACACAAUCGCCAUCCACAACUGCACUAUUGCUUCCCGAUGCAGGUGUAUCAAUGCUGCCAAGCGUUAGUAUGGAUGGAGCUGUGAUGCCAACUUCUGAAUCGGCAACGAUGGAUGCUUCAUUUGGUAGUUUGGCCGAUGUGAUCGCUUCUCAACCUCCAACGUCUGCCAAUAGCGUUGCGAACUCACCUUCUAUGCGUUUGCGCGGACUUGCAUUGGAUGACGGACAUCAUCAUGGCCUAUUCGGUAGCAGUAGCGUGGAAGCUAGCCCGUAUACAUCAAGAAGCCCAACUGUGGCUGGUAUGACGAGCGCAAGUGCACAUCAUGCUCCAUCGAGCCCACUUACCGGCCGCUCUGGUAAAUUGUCCAACACACCCUUGGACAAAGCAGAGGAAUACACAGCACCUUCUGUCAUGUCUGGCAAGAAGCGUUUGUCAUUCUUCAGCUACGCAGAUAUUAUCAACCAAACGCCUGCUGAAAUCUUAAAUUUUGAUGAAGCAGUUCGCCAAGCGGAUUCUAUCAAUAAGUCAUCCGUGAGCACAAAUACACCUAAUUCACCAACUCAAAAUAGUCCCUUGUCUUCUUCUCGUAUCGCAUCAACAAGUGAACAUACCCAAACGCCAAACACAACAAAGUAA